AUGUGUAGUUGCAUAAUGUAUUUUGAAAAUUGUAAUUCAAAUGAUGAUGAAUUCUAUUCAAUGUUAUUAAAUAAUAAUAGAUAUUAUUCAUAUAAAAGUAAUGAACCUAGAAGAAAUCAAUUAUUUAAGAAUUCAUUUAAGUUUGGAAAUUUUAAAUUAUUUAAAUUAAUAGAAUUAGCAUAUAAACAAUUAGAUAAGCCAAUGUUAAAAAUUGAAUUUAUAAAUCAAGAUAUUUAUAGAGCAAGUACUAAUAGUAAUAAAAAAGAAUUUGAAAAGUAUAAAUCAUUAUUAUUAUCAUCAUCAUCAUCAUCAUCAUCGUCACAAGAAAUAUCAAAUAUUGAACCAUCAUUUAAAUUAGAUCCACCAAUUUGUUAUUCUCAUAGACUUUAUUCAAUUACUAUUGCAAUGAAAGCAAUGAUUGGUUUAAUAAAUUCACCAUCACUUUCAAAUGGUUGUAGUGAUAGUGAUGGUGAUGAUGUAAUUUUUAAAAAUGAACAUUUCUUUGGUUUAAAUAAUUUAAAAUCAAUUUCUGAUUUUAUUUAUUUAAUUAAUCAUAAAUUUACAAAUCAAAAAGGACCAUUCUAUUUUAAUUUGGAUUUAAUAUUUUAG